UGGCUAUCUUGGAAACUGCGAAAUACAGUUAUUAUUGGUUGAGUAGCUUGUCAACCUUUCAGUAACUCUCGUCAGAUUUCCCAUUGCCCCCUUUCUCCUUUGCCUCGUGUGAGGAAGGACAGGUUGUUGAUGACGUCACCAGCAGUUCUUUUUGCGCUGUUGUGGGAAACACCGGGGGGUGUAAGACGACGUCGGUGGUACUUUCAGAGCUGUCCUGUAAAGAAGUUCAAGUUGAGCAAGAAUAAGAACGUGGCGUUGGAAACAGCAUCUAAAGUUUAGCUAGAUUUAAAACACUCCAAAUGACCAUGACAGCAGAAAGCUUGGACAUGACAAAUGGUUCUAAUAAACUUGGGUCUGUGACCCAGAAUGAAGCAGCACUGCUUGCCUUGAUGGAACAGACAGGCUAUACUAUGAUCCAAGAAAAUGGACAAAGGAAGUUUGGUGGCCCACCACCAGGUUGGGAAGGUCCACCACCACCUCGUGGAUGUGAAGUCUUUGUAGGAAAAAUUCCACGAGACAUGUAUGAAGAUGAAUUGGUACCUGUGUUCCAACGAGCAGGGAAAAUUUAUGAGUUUAGACUGAUGAUGGAAUUCAGUGGUGAGAAUAGAGGUUAUGCUUUUGUAAUGUACACUACAAGAGAAGAAGCCCAGAAUGCAAUCAAAAUGCUUAACAAUUAUGAAAUUCGACCUGGAAAAUUUAUUGGUGUUUGUGUUAGCUUGGAUAACUGCAGAUUGUUCAUUGGUGCAAUUCCAAAAGAGAAGAAAAAGGAAGAAAUCCUUGAAGAGAUGAAGAAGGUUACUGAAGGUGUCGUUGAUGUUAUUGUCUACCCCAGUGCCACUGACAAGACAAAGAAUCGUGGAUUUGCAUUUGUGGAAUAUGAAUCUCAUAGAGCUGCUGCAAUGGCAAGACGGAAACUAAUUCCAGGUACUUUUCAAUUGUGGGGGCAUACCAUUCAGGUGGAUUGGGCAGACCCAGAAAAAGAAGUGGAUGAGGAAACUAUGCAAAAGGUUAAGGUACUCUAUGUCCGAAACCUGAUGAUAUCCACAACAGAAGAGACUAUCAAAAUGGAAUUUAACAAAAUUAAGCCUGGAGCAGUUGAACGAGUAAAAAAGCUCAGAGACUAUGCAUUUGUGCACUUUUUUGACAGAGAUGAUGCAGUUACAGCUAUGAAUAUUAUGAAUGGAAAGUGUAUAGAUGGUGCUAGCAUUGAAGUCACCCUUGCAAAGCCAGUUAAUAAAGAUGGCUCUUGGAAGUACACUCAAGGUAGUCAAGUCAAUAUUAAUUGUGAAAAUCAACGACUAACAUUUACCAACAAGGAAGAUGGGAUAGCAAAAACCCCAGGAAGGUCACCAAGCUUACCGGCACGUCUGAAUGGUCACCAUAGCCCAUGCUCACCUGAACUGGAGAGAUGCACAUAUCCUUUAUUCCCUGGAAUAAAGCUUACGCCUUUGAGUAUUUAUUCAUUGAAGCCUAGCCAUUUUCAGUCUUCAGUUACACACUUGGAAUAUUAUUGCAACAAAAAUAACUGGGCGCCACCAGAGUACUACCUAUACUCAACAACAAGUCAGGAUGGGAAACAACUGCUUGUUUAUAAAGUGGUUAUUCCCUCCCUUGCGAACAGUUCACAAGGUACACUGAGCCAUUUCAUGCCUGAUAAGCUCUGCACAAUGCUGGAAGAUGCUAAGGAACUAGCUGCACAAUAUGCACUCACACAUUUAGACUACAGUUUGCGUCGGACCAGCUCCGUUAAUAGUCUUUCUCAAGUUGGUGCACCUCUUCCAACUUCUGCUUCCAACUUGCUACAAUACGCAUCUAGACCGUACUCCUAUCCUAGCUACCCAUUGUCAACAACGUUACCUCUUGGUAACAGCAGUCAUAUUGGACAACGAUUAUAUGUUUCUAGUCAUGGAUCUUUCUUCUAAAAAUAGUAUUAUGAAUGGAAUACACAAAUAUUGUCAGGUUUCUUGAAAUGCAUGUUAGUUUUCUAAAAAUAUUUUUCAUUCUCUGUUAUGUUAUGCAAUUUAUUGAGGCUCAAUUAUUUUAUUCUUUUUCAUGUAUAAAAUCUUAAUCAAAUUGUUUUAUGUUCUUGUUAAAGAUUUCAUAAUACUGUUAAUGAAUUUGACAAGUUUUUCAUCACUGUGAUGGUCUAUUUGUCUGUUGGCCUUCAGUUAUUUUGCUCUUUAAUACUUAUAGCAUUAUUAAUACACUAAAUUAAGACCUCUUAAUAGGAUUGUGGCUGCACUAAUGUACAGGAACAAUGCUGUAUUUUUUUGUUGCAGUGUUCACUGUCACACUGGGGUCAAUUUUUACAUAGCCCAUCCAUCUCAGGAAAUUGAUGAGAUUUGAAUGCAACAUUGCUUACACACACUGAACAAUUUGUGGUCAAUUUGUGUUAGUUGGAUAUAAAGAUGGUGUCAUGCCCAAUACCAUGUUUUCACUGCGUGCGUUAAGGUAAAAUUA